AUGCUUACUUUGACGAGCAGUGAUGGUGUAACAUUUGAAGUGCCAAAGACGGUAGCAUGUCAAUCCGAAACGAUACGCCGCAUUUGCUCGGAUAUUGAAGAUGAUGCCAUCACAAUUCCUUUAAUUGAUAUCUCCAGCAUCAUUCUCAGAGAACUCAUUCAAUACCUCGAGACUAGCAUCACAGACGAGUGGAUUGCUUUCAAAAACUUCAAAGCUCAGCUUGUGAAUGUUGAUUUAGAAAAACUAAAAGCUUUUGUCAAGGCAGCAGCAUUUUUGGAGCUCCAUGACCUGGCUGAAGUCGCAGCUGAAACAAUCAAACCGAUGUUCAAUACUGACAAUAAAGAUUCUAUUAUCCGGGCUUUUCCUAACUUUUAA